AUGUGCGGCCGCGAGCUCCCGCUCGUCCUGCUGGCGCUGGUCCUCUGCCCCGCGCCCCGGGGACACACGGCGUCCGCGUCCGACGCCGGGGGCCCCGUGCUGCCCAAGAUGUACCCGCGCGGCAACCACUGGGCCGUGGGGCACUUAAUGGGGAAAAAGAGCACUGCUGAAUCUCUGUAUGUUGGUGAGAGGAGCCGGGAGCAGCCGCCAAGGGGGCUUCUGACCUGGGAAGAAGCUGCCAGGAAUGUGCUGCGUCUCGUCAAUGUGAAGCCCCAGGUGCACAGAAGCACUCGGCCCCCUCCACGCCUGCGCCGGAACCAUCACCUGCCUACCCAGGACGCAGAGGACAGCAGCACCUUUGAAGACACAGGUUCCAACGUGAAG